CUUCAACUUCAAAGUUCCUGCGUCCCAUCGACUCGUUGACUCUAAUGCCCUCCACUUCCCUUUCUGCACUCCAUCCCUGCGCCUAAGGACGCGUCCAUUCCCGAAAUGGAGGAAUUUUCCCAGCUGCCACCAAGAUGAUCACAGCAGAGGCAGACGACAUCCUCGAUACAAGAAAUGAGGCUGCAGAACUCUUAGCGCGGUUCCUAAACAAACAGCUGCCCGGCCACCAUCUGUGGAAGCUUCCACAGCGACGAGUCUCAAACCCGCUGGCGGGCAUCCAUAUGCGAAGCGUCACAAUCCCUGCGAAAAAAGACGUCCCGGCGUCCCGCUUGCCAAUAGCCAUGUCAAAACCAACUAGCAAUCAGCAACCCUCCACCACAACAAAGGCAGGGCCGACACUAUCACAGCGGGAAGAGGAGGUAGCUCGUGCAGCCGUAGUGCGUUGGAAGACUUUGGUAUCCCGCGCACGAUCUGCGAAAACAGCUCGCGACCACUGGGCCGCCGGAGUGUCGAGACGAGCUUUCCGUGCCUGGCGGCAGGCGUAUGUGACGCGGCGUAGGCUUUGGAGGAUGCAAGUCAAGGCAGACGUGCAUUGGAACUAUGGCGAGGUUAAUCGGACGUGGCGGGGGUGGAGGGUGUAUAUGAAGAUGCGACGGGCAAAGAUGGCGCGGAUGGAGAGGGCCAAGGAGUUUGCGCGAAACAGAUGCACCCACCGGAUAUGGAACCAAUGGUCGAGACGGCUCUCCUUCAUCCGGACACUCCAGAGCCUCGACGACUGCGCGACCCAACUAUCCGUGCACUCCACCCUAAAGCGCACCGUCGCAACCUGGCGCGCUAAGUUGGAGCAUCGCCGGGCCGAAAUCGCCGCAUCGGAAGACGCAAACAGAGCGUACGAGCAGCGCCUCGCCCGCGGUUGUUUUUUACGAUGGGUUGGGAGAGCAGCAUCGGUGUGGGAUGAACGUGCGCAGUAUGAGCGGGCCGAGAGAUGGCAUGCCGCACAUACAUCUUCAUCCCUGAUCCGAUCUUGGAAGACCUUCACCGACCAAUGCCAGCGUAAACGAUUCAUGAACGAAAAGGCCAUGGUGUUUUACAACCGCCACCUCGCGACCUCUGCAUUGCAGUUAUGGAGAUUAAGGCAUCAGCAUCAGAUGGGGAUGGAGGCGUUAAGAGGCGUUGCAGAGAGGUAUAGGGAGGUAUAUGUGAUAAGGAGGGUUGUGGAGGCUUGGAGGGCAUAUGUGAGACGGAAUGCACUGCAGAAGGAUGCCUGUAGGAUCGCGGACGAGAGGCACAAGCGAGUAAUGCAGACCAAAACCAUCGGCACACUACAGCAUAUGCUAAAACAACGCACGACCGCGAACCAUCGAUACAUACGAAAGAGUCUGGUGGGAAACUGGCGAAGAUGGAAAGCACGCUUCUGCGAGCGAGUUCAUCAACGCGAGCAACGCGAACUCGAAACAGGAGUCGCAUUCCACAGCCGAGCUGUCAGUAAACGAAUGAUCAGGGGGUGGUUUGCCGUCGUGCUGCGGAACAGGGAUGUGCGGAGUCGACGCCAAGAUGUCCAACGAUCAAGGAUCCUUGGAAUUAGCCGAACCGCCUUGCAAACAUGGAUAGCACACUAUACUGCCGCUGUACAACGUCGAGAGCGUUGGGGACUAGCGGAGCGGAUGUAUGCGGCUGCUCUCACACGUGUUACAUGGGCGGCUUGGAUCAACGCCAAGCAAGAGCAUGCACAGAAACGUGAGGCGGCCAUGACGGGUGCCGCACUCCAUGAACACCUCCUCCUUCGCCGCGUGCUGCAAGCCUUGCGAAUGAAUGCAGAGGCUCGGAUAACGGGUCGCGCACACCUCAAAUUAGCUAUAGAAGCCAAUAACCGCCUCAUCGCCCUUCGCGUCCUCCGCGCAUGGGCAUCCUACACCGAACAAGCGAUGGAAAGAGUCAACAGGUGGCAAACUGCUGUGCGGUACGCUUAUAUCCACUCACUUCGUGCUGCUUGGCGAAAAUGGGAAAUGAAUGUAAGGGAGAUACAUGAGGCGAGGGUCAAAUGGCGGAUUUCGGUUGCGCAUGCGGAGAGGAUGCAGAUGAAGAAGUAUCUUAUGAGUUGGAAGAACUUUGGAACAGCCCGAACAUCUUUCCGCCACGUCCUCGUCGACUUCGGCAUGCGCCACAACGGCGAGUUCAUACGCAGCGUGUUUGUGUUUUGGAGAGAUCGGAUGCGCGAUGAGCGCGAGGAUGCGAAGCAGCUUGCGAACGUUGCGGCGUGGAGGGAUAGGGGGGUUUUGAAGACGGUUACGGAAGCUUGGAAAUAUGUCACCGACACGAGACGGAAAAAGAGACUGGAGAGAGAGAAAAGUCUCGCGGAGGCAGCUGUCGUGUUAUCAAGAGCAAAACUACGAUCAACAAUGAAGAAAUGGAUCCUCACACUGCGGAUACGGCAAUACAAACGCACCCUGGAAGCCCGCGCAGACGAUUUCUUCGUCCGGGUGCAGCUGGGCAAGACGUUUGCGUUGUGGCGGUGUGCGCGGUGGCAUCGCAAGUGGGUGCGGAAAACCACAAAACGCACGCUCGCCUUCCGCACCCACUCCCUCCUUACCCGCACCUUCCACCACUGGCACACUCUCCGCCCCUCCUACAAAGCCCUCCACGCCGCGCGCGUCCUGCAACCUCUCGCCCACUAUGCCAGCAAACUCUCAUACAAGGUCAUAAAAGGGUGGGCUGCUUAUGUGCGUGACAAACGGGUGCAGAGGGAGAGGAUUAGGGAUGCGAUGGGGUGGAAGGCGGAGAGGGUUCUGAGGGAGGUUGUGGGGCAGUGGUUGAGGGUUGCGGAUGGGAUUAGGGUGGAAAAGGGGUUGGUUGCAGGAGGUGAUGGUGUGAGUUGGGUGAGGGAGAGGGGAGGGGUGCUGGAAGGGAGUGAGGAUCGUGUAAGCAGGAAUGUACGGAAGUGUGUGAGGAUAUGGAAGGCGCGGACUGUUGCGGCACGAGCCAUGAAGGGGAAUUCGGAUGUCGCACAGUUGACGAACCGAGGCGGACCGACGACGUUUUUGGACGCAACGAUGCGGAAAGGAGUUGCCAGUGCAACGAUAUCGGUCCCUGCCUUCUCGCACAUCCCCGCAACUACACCACACGUCCGCAUCUCUGCAUGCCAUAGCACUCUCGCUGAACCCUCGAUCGCCCGAACCAACCAUCCAGCAACCAUCAUCGCAAACCCACCCCCACGCGCACCGGUAAAGAAGUUCGCACGACUCCCCCCUCGAGCGCCUGAUUUUCUGUUCGCGGAGCAACGAGGUGGAUUGCACGUAUACGCCGAGAGUCGGGCACCACUUACAGCAAAGCAACAGUCCACAAGUGGGGAGGUGGGGGGGUUGAGAACAUCGCCGGCUCGGACGGCGGUUCCGGCUCAGGUUCCCCUUUACGAUGUUGGACACCGGACAGCAACGGACGUGUAUUCGACACACCAUCAAUCAUCAGCGAAUGCGUUCCGGGUAUCACCCUUCAUACCCGGAUUAGAGACGUUGGUGCAAUUCCCGACAUCCGGACCAACCCUGGCGUCUCAUCUUCAAUUCCACAGUAUUGAUCACGCUCGCUUUCUGUCAUCAGCGGUGAGCGGCGGCGGCGGCGACAAAUCCGAUAUGCAGCAGCAUCCUCACUCCGUCUUCGCCACCGACGACAACCCGAGCACCUCACAACACACCACAUACCUCGCCGCGCAUCAUCCUCAUCGCACAUACCCCCCAGCGCCCACUCCACCCGAACACCCGCAUCUCGACCCACCAAAUCAGAAUACAUCCCCGCCGGCGGCUUCAUCUCCUAUCCCACCACUUUCACAACAACAAUUACACCCAGCAGGAGACCCGGUCACAGAACUGAUGGACCUAGUGGAACUGAGACGACUGGAAUCCGAGCUUGUCACGAGCGUGUUGAGGGGGGUGAUGGAUAGAGAGUUGUUGGGGAGGGUUGAGGGGUUGCGGAGGGUGCUUCAGCUUGGGGGGAUGGGUGGGAAUGAUGGAGAUGGGUGAUGGCGACCAUAGCCUGAAUACUCAUGGCGGUAGAUCGUUUUUUUUUGGGAUUUCGAUGUGAUUUAUGAUAGGCCGUGGGCUCUCGCCCUUUUCUUUCGUUAUCCCAAGACCUGCGGGUAUUGCAUCAAAGGGAACAUCAACGGCUCUCCCGCCGAUAUGGAAAACUCUCGUUGUUCUCAAAUCACAACAUCACAUUUCUCGCCCCUCAUAUUCUUUGAUUCAGAAACUAUCAUAAAGAUAUCGUUCUCUCCACACGGAAUUUUCGGAGAGAUUCCC